UGCACUGGGCACCCGGCUGUCAGUCAUCUCCUGUAGUACGUCUGCAGUCUCUGGUCAUCUCCUGUACUAUGUCUGCAGUCUCUGGUCAUCUCCUGUUUUAUGUCCGCAGUCUCUGGCCAUCUCCUGUACUAUAUACACAGUCUCUGGUCAUCUCCUGUACUAUGUCUGCAGUCUCUGGUCAUCUCCUGUACUAUAUACACAAUCUCUGGUCAUCUCCUUGUCUGCGAAUUUCCAAGACAUCCUGUACAGUGUCUGCUGUCUCUGGUCAUCUCCUGUACUGUGUCCGCUGUCUCUGGUCAUCUCCUGUACUGUGUCCGCAGUCUCUGGUCAUCUCAUGUACUAUAUACACAGUCUCUGGUCAUCUCCUGUACUGUCGGCAGUCUCUGGUCAUCUCCUGUACUAUGUCCGCAGUCUCUGGUCAUUCCUGUACUGUGUCUGUAGUCCACUGG